CGGGUAUUAUAUGAAUACAUUACGUCAAUUAUUAACACUCGGGUGAAUUAACAAUCGACACCUUUCAAUAACAGCCUCAUUGAUUGAUAAUAAUAAUAAUAAUUAUAAUUGUAAUAAUUCUCAUUCUUAUUCUUAUUCGUAUUUAUAGUCUUCUUAUUAUAUAUUUAUACAUCUCCCUACACUGUACAAGAGACAACGCGAAUCGACAUAAACAUUUGAGUCAAUAAUACGGCACGAAUUCGUCGCGAGGAUAAUAAUAAAUAAUAAAUAAUAAAUAAUGUAAAUAAAAUAUAAAAUAAACGAGUGAAAAAUAAAAGAUGAAUCGGCGCUCCAUUGAUCAAUCGGUUGUUUGGUUCAAAAGACACAGACGUUAUUUAUGUCUAUCCGGUAGUGGAACAUCGGCACUUGGAGAGCACAGAUUUUUUACCAUAAAUCCUACCAAUAAUCCAGCAGACACUAUUUUUCAGAACAAUCAAAUUAAAUCAAGCAAGUAUACAGCAUGGAAUUUUCUUCCAAAAAAUUUGUUCGAGCAGUUUCGGCGAAUAGCAAAUUUUUAUUUCCUACUGUCAACUAUUAUAGCGAUGUCUAACGAGUCUCUGGCGUCGUCAAUAACAACACUACUCCCCCUGGUGUUUGUAAUAUUUGUGACAGCUUGCAAGCAAGGUUAUGAAGACUUCCUGAGGCAUCAAUCUGAUUAUCGCGUAAAUGGUACUUCUGUUACUGUCAUACGCAAUAAAUGUAUGCAAGUUAUAAGAUGUGAGCAAAUAGUCGUAGGAGACUUAGUAAAAGUGUCCAGAGAUCAAGAUUUACCCUGUGACAUUAUUUUACUCUAUAGUAGUGAAUUAAACGGGUCUUGUUACGUAACUACAUCUAAUCUUGACGGUGAAUCUAAUUUAAAGACUCUGCAAGUACCAAAGGUAACUUUGAAUAAAUCAAUAGAAGAAAUAGUCAGCAUGGAGUGUCUAGUCACCUGUCAGCAUCCUCAAUCAAACCUCUACGAGUUCCACGGCAAGAUCGAAGUAAAGUUCUCCGAGACCAAUCUGACUUCGGGGUUUAUUUCGAUUGACAAUGUACUGCUGCGUGGGUCGCGUCUCAGAGAUACCGAGUUCAUUAUCGGCGCUGCUGUGUACUCUGGAUCUGAUACCAAACUCUCUAAAAAUUCCAAACAAACUCCAAAUAAAUUCUCUACAGUCGAGAAGAGUAUUAAUUUAUACCUGGUAUUUUUUAUAUUUAUAUUGAUAUUAGAAAUAACUAUUUCUACGGUAUUGAAGCAAUUGAGUGAUUAUGAUCAUCAGGGGCAUCAUUAUUUGAGUAAUAACAGUACAAAUAGUUUCUUUAAAGUUGUUAGAGAUUUUUUAUCAUUUACAAUUCUUUACAAUUACAUUGUACCUAUAUCUCUUUACGUCACCGUUGAAUUACAAAAAUUUCUGGGUUCAUUAUUUUUCCACUGGGACCUUGAAAUGUAUGACGAGCGUAAUAACCAACCAGCAGUAGUGAACACAUCAGACUUAAACGAAGACCUGGGACAGAUCGAGUACUUAUUAACUGACAAAACGGGAACUUUAACAGAAAACCUAAUGGUGUUCCGUCGCUGCAGCAUCAACGGAACGAUGUACAUAGAAAAAGACUGUAAUGGAAAAAUUUACGAACUUCCAUUGAACGGAAACGAGCAUGAAGCUACAAAAGUAGUGACCUGGCCGCCAGAAAUUUGGCACUUCAUGAUCGCGUUGUCACUCUGUCAUUCAGUCCAUGUCGCUCCUCCGAUGAUUAUGGACGGUGUCGUAGCGCGACGCACUGCCUUCCGUGAGAGCUUUCGCCAUAAAACGAUCCGACGAGUCAACAGCUCGCUGCUGAUGGAUCCAAGUUUGCCUGAGUAUCAGGCUGCUUCUGCGGAUGAGAAAGCUCUCGUGGAAGCGAGCGCCAGGUGCGGAGUUGUUCUCACUAAGUAUGAAGGUGACUUAUUGGAAAUAAAAGCUGGAGAUCAGUACUUGAGUUUUACUUGCCUGGAAAUUUUAGAAUUUACUUCUGAGCGUAAAAGAAUGUCUGUUAUCGUGCAAGAUUCUGCUAAUGAACUGUUGCUUUAUUCAAAAGGCGCUGACUCGGAAAUGUUUCCGCUGAUGCAUGAAGGAAAAAUCCAUGAAACUAAGCAGCAUGUCGCUGAUUUUUCACAAAGAGGACUUAGGACGCUGGUAGUGGGCUGCAAAAAAUUGUCAGUGCAAGAAUAUGACAAGUUUAUACGCCUGGCGGAACAAGCGAGGCAAAUAAUUGGCCCAGAAAGGUCUAAACAGGUGGAAAAGGUUUAUUUGUCGGUAGAAAGAGGAAUGACUCUGCUUGGAGCCACUGGUAUUGAAGACAGUCUUCAGGAAGGUGUCGAAGAAACAUUGGAAUCGCUUCGAGCUGCUAAUAUUAAAGUUUGGGUACUGACUGGUGAUAAAGCUGAAACCGCUGAAAAUAUUGCGUUUUCUUGUGGACAUUUUAAAAGUGGUACCGAAGUAUUGAGACUUAUGGGACAAUCAACAGUACAAAUUUGUUUUAUCACUUUGACGAGUUAUGAGCGAAGAAUGAAAUUAGAGCCCUAUAAACAGUAUGGAUUAAUAAUGGACGGCGUGAGCAUGGCAAUAGCUUACAAUCAUUGCCCCGAAUUAUUGAGAAUAGUCGGAAUGUCUUGCGACGCAGUGGUAUGCUGCCGUAUGUCGCCGUUGCAAAAGUCAGAAAUUGUGCAGUUGAUAAAAAAUUCAAAGAGGCAUCCGCUGACAGCGGCUAUCGGCGACGGCGGCAACGACGUAUCGAUGAUCCAAGAAGCGCACGUGGGUAUUGGAAUUAUGGGCAAAGAAGGCAGACAAGCUUCAAUGAACGCUGACUUUGCUCUCGCUAAAUUUAUGUAUUUAAAACGCGCGUUGUUGAUUCACGGCCAUUGGUAUUAUGUAAGACUGAGUAUAUUAACUCAAUAUUUCUUCUAUAAAAACGUUGUUUUUAUCACGCCUCAAGUUUUUUUUGGUCUGUCAAAUGGAUUUUCUUCUCAGGCAUUAUAUGACAGUGUUUUUUUGAUGGGAUUUAAUAUUGUAUUUACUUCAAUGCCAGUACUUGCAUUUGGUUUACUUGCGCAAGAUUAUUCAGCUAGUAAAUUAAUUAAUUAUCCGCAGUAUUAUACUUUAAAUAAAAAAAAUAGAUUAUUAUCAAUUAAUCAAAUAAUUAUUUGGAUGUUACUGGCGUUAUGGCAUACAAGUGUAAUAUAUUUUGGAACUUAUACAUAUUUUAAUAUAAAUCCAAUAAUUUUAAGUAACCCUACAAUGGCUGAUUUUGCAUGUUUCAAUACAUGUAUUUUUCAUCUAGUUACACUAGUCACUAAUUUAGAGUUAUUAUUUAGAAAUUUAUAUUGGACAUUUCCAUUUCUAAUGAGCGUAAUUAUAUCCGAAUUACUUUUUUUCAUAAUUGCUACUGCGUACUCUUCAAUCAAUAUACAAUUCAAUAGCCAAAUGUUUGGAGUAUUUGUUGAAUUAAUGUCUUCCCCGACAUUCUGGUUGUUGACAAUUCUAAUUAUCCCCAUAUGCCUGAUACCAGACUUUUUAAUUGCCGUUUACGAGAGUUACAGACCUUCAAAAUUAAAUUAUCAAGAUACGCGAGAGGAAAAUAUUCAGGAUAAUCACAGUGAAUGGAGCACACCUUCAUCUGAAGAGAGACGAUAUAAUUUAACGCCUUGGCGAGGCACUUUUACGUUUACAAGCAGUUAGAUUUAUUAACUUCAUUUUACAAAUUUUUAAGAAUUAGCUGAUGUAAAUAAUUAAUGAGAAGGCCAAAAGCCUGCCGAACAAAUCGUAAUUUAAUUACAUAAUGAUCACCAGCAAUAAUGAUCUUAGAUCCUAUUGCGCUGCUUUAUGAUGUUAAUACCAACACCAGGAGUAAUCAUCGUCAUCAUCAUCAUCAUCAUCAUCAUCAUCAUCAUAUUCCUCGCAGCCCAAAAGCUGUAAAUAAACGGAAUAAUUAAUUUAAUUUAUA